AAGUUGUUAUAAACGUGUAUAUUUUUAUAGUAGAUUUUCAAUCAGCACGAAGAUGUUUGGAAUAUUUUUGUUGAUUUCUGCUUCGGUCUUUCAAGUACUUUUUGCUGACAAUAUACCAUGUAACGUAGAUUAUGUCGAACUGGAGCAUAACGUGCAGGACUUAGUUGACAAGAAAACCGCGUCACGUGACCAUGAAAUGGAAGCUUUGAAAGAACGCGUCUAUAAAACCGAACGUGAUAUCAAAGAGCAAGAUGUGAAAUUAAAAACUUUAUCUGAAACCAAGCGACAGUUGUCGUCUACUUCAAAGAGAUUUGUUAUGAACGUCGGAUCCCCUGUCGGUUUCAUGGCAUGUGUAAGCCCGCCAAAUUUGCUCAACCUUACUGACAGACACACGAUUGUCUUCGACAAAGAGAUAACCAACCUCGGUGGGGCUUACCUAAAUCAAACUGGCGUUUUUACUGCCCCUAUCAAAGGUCUAUAUGAAUUUCAUCUGACGGCAAUGUCUCUUCCCGGCAGGCAUCAGUAUUUAUCGUUCGUGAGGGAUGGGGUGAUAAUUAGUUACUUGUACCCAGAUGCCAUCGGAUCAACCGUGUCCGUAGAAACAGCCGGUAGCCAAUGGGUCGUUGAGCUGGAUCAAGGCUCUGAAGUAUGGAUAGAAACUUUCCAUGCCGGCGAAAUUCACGGAAAUUGUUAUACCGUCUUUUCGGGAUUUUUGUUAAGUGAAAUGAUUUGAUACUAAUUAAAGGAUCAGUAACACAAAA